GGAAAUUUGAAAUUUUAUCCCGAACAUAAGUAAUUUUGGGAGAUAGUAGACGAUUGUCAACCGUGGAGUUGACGGUGACCACAUUUCCCAAAUCGGAUAAAGGGCCCUGAUUUCAUAAAUCUUGCGGGACCCUUUCUCUCUCCUCCAUCACUUCAAUUUACCCCCAAACGAACCUCCUCUCUCUUAUUUUCUUCCAUGCUCUUUCUCUCUCUACAAUUUGAUCUCCUCCUCAAUCCUCUGGUCAAUGCAGAUACAUUUCAAGUAUCUGAUUUCUCGUACUUGUUUAUGGUUUAAUGGCUUGCAGUCAAGAGAUCCUUUACUGUUUGAGUUGCUAAGAGAAAAUAUGGUGGAAGAUGCUGGAUAUAUGUUUAGUUAACACUGACGUAUGGCAGGAAAUACUAGAUUUGAUUUAAUUGCAGCUAAAUCAGAUGAAUUGGCUUUCAAGGGGAGUUUUACAAAUGGGCAGAGAGGGAAUUUGAUGAAUGACACUUUGGACAGGUCUGCAAGCUUUCGUGAGGGUAAUGAGGGGCAGAUGUUUAUUUCGGGUGCUAAUAUGUCGCGGGGGAAUUCCACAUCAGCAGGGGAUUUGGCUUCUGUUGCUCAAUGUUUAAUGUUAGAUCCAAUAACCAUGGGAGAUCAAAAAUAUACUAGGUCAGGCGAGUUAAGACGAGUCCUGGGGAUAUCUUUUGGAAAUACUCUUGAAGAUUAUGCUUUUGGAACUGCUAAUCUGAAGCCUCCCCCUCCAGUGGCUAUGGAGGAACUAAAACGAUUCAAAGCAAGUGUACAAGAGGCUUCUGUCAGGGCUAGAUAUAGAUCAAAAAGGUUGGAUGAAUCUUUAGACAAAUUGAACAAAUGUUGGGAGGCUGUAAGCAUAAAGAAGCAACUUCGGAAUGAUUUGGUGCCAAAUGAAAGGCUGGGUGGAUCAAACUUCUCGAAGAUGGGAACUCAGACUCAUCGAAGCCCAUCAGAGUUUGUGAAUCAAAGACCAGAGGACAGACCUAAGAAUGUCAUUCUGAAUAAGCGUAUCCGUACAUCAGUUGCUGAGACACGGGCCGAAGGACUAAGUAAUAGCUUUGCAAGGCAGCCUCUGGCCAUGGGAAAGGAUAGAGACAACAUCAAGGAUGGUAGCAGAGGUUGUGAUAUUGUUGAAGAGAAGAUUCGAAGAUUACCUGCAGGUGGAGAAACAUGGGAUAGAAAAAUGAAAAGAAAACGUUCCGUGGGUACCGUUGUUGCCAGAUCCAUUGAUGGUGAAGGAGAGCAGAAAAAGGUUAUGCAUCUAAGGCUAGCUAAUGAGUCAGGUUCGCAGGGUUCUGAUGCCCAAGGUUUGAGAUCAGGAUAUUCUGGCAGUAAUAGCAAGCUUGAUGGUGCUUCCCUGCCUGCCACUUCCAAUGCAUGUACGACUGGCAAUAAUGAACAAGAAAAGGUGUCAAGGGGUUCAGUGGAUGGAUCUAAUAAGGAACGGGUUGUGCUUAAAGGAAAUAAGCUUAAUGUCCGUGACAAUAACUAUACAGGUGGUAUCCAUACUUUGACCAAAGGAAAAGUGUCAAGACCACCUCGAACAGGUGCUUUGAUGGCUGGAAACUCAUCUUCUGUUCCUCGAUCUUCUGAAAUACUUGAUGCUGAGGAACAACCUUCAAAUGUCAACAAGCCUCAUUCAGUAAGUGGUACUAUAAAUCGUAAGCGUCCUUUGCCUGUAGGAUCAUCUUCAUCUCCUAUGGCCCAAUGGGUUGGACAGAGACCCCAAAAAAUUUCUCGCACUCGAAGAGCAAAUGUGGUAUCCCCUGUCCUAAGUUCUGAUGAAGUGCAUACGUUGUUAGAAGGUUGUUCCCCUUCGGAUGUCAGUACCAGAAUGACUUCUGCUACAACUAGUGGAUUACCUAUUUCCAAUGGUGCUAUCAAUGGUGGCAUUCACCCAGGUAAAAUGAAACAUGAAAGCGUUUCAUCCCCAACCAAAUUAUCUGAAAGUGAAGAAUCUGGUGCGGGAGAAAAUGGUGAAAGUAAAUUGGAGAAAGGAUUGGAAAGUAAUGAAGUUGAUGGAAGAGCCAUAAAUAAUUCUCAUAAUACAAGUUCCUCCAUGUUAACUUCGAAAAAGAAAAAAAUACCCAACAAGGAAGAGGUUGGAGAUGGUCUGCGUAGACAGGGAAGGGGUAGUAGGGGCUCUUCAGUUUUGAAGAAUGGCAUCUCACCAAUGAAAGAGAAGUUAGAGACUCCAACCUUGAUGAAGCCAAUUAAAAAUAUGAAGCCUGCUUCUGAAAAGAAUGGAAGUAAAUCAGGGCGUCCUCCUUUGAAGAAAUCAUGCGAUAGGAAAGCUAUUAAUUGUAUUGGUCAUCCAUCAACUCACAAUUCCCCAGAUAUUGCAGUGGAGGAGGAUGAUCGUGAGGAACUGUUAGCUGCUGCCAACUUUGCUAGCAAUGCCAGCUAUAUUGGCUGUUCUAGUUCAUUUUGGAAGAAACUGGAACCUAUCUUUUCUCCUGUCAGCUUGGAAGACAUGUCCUACAUGAAGCAACUGGUUAAAACAACAGAGGUUGAUCUAAGACGUUUGUCUCAGAUGCAUGGCAUUGGAAGUGAUACACUGGAUAGACUUACACAUACAGAAAGCCCUUUGUCACAAAGUUCUAUCUCUAGAGAAAGAGAGAGAAUUGUUGUAAAUCAAACUGGUUCCAAGGAGAUAUCCUCAAUGAAUGACAUGGUUGAUCAACAUCUGGAUGUUAGUAUUUUGUGCAGACAAAUGGAUUCAGAAGUAAACAAAGUUGUGCCGUUGUAUCAAAGAGUAUUGACAGCUCUGAUCAUUGAUGAUCAAUAUGAUGAAGAAACUGUUGAAGAUGGAAAUAUGCCUUCUCUUUGUGAAAGAGAUGACUCUUCUCAGGCGGCUUGUUACGUUCAGGAUGUUGAGAACCAAUCCAGCAUCAGGAUGGAAUAUGAAUUCAACUUUGACAAGGUUUCUUGUAAUGGGAAUGCUACCUUUACUAGUUGCACAAACAUCCAUGAUCAAGAACUUAGUGUUUUUCAGCAAAUGAAUCAGGGAUCGUUGCAUCCAGAAACUGAGAGGUUAUCCAUGUUAUCUGAAAAUGGUAAUGACGAGUCAAUGGGUAUGCAUGGAAUUUCUUGCUCAUCAUCUUUCAGUCGCCAUUUUGAGCAAAUGCGUAUGGAGGAUAAACUCUUACUGGAGCUACAGAGUGUUGGCCUAUAUCCAGAACCAGUGCCUGAUCUUGCUGAUGGAGAUUGUGAAGCUAUUAAUCAAGAUAUUAUUCAAUUACAGAAAGGACUCUUCCAACAGGUCAAUAAAAAGAGAGAAUGCUUUAUGAAACUUAUCAAAGCAGUAGAACAAGACAGAGAAAUGGAACAAGGAGCCCUCGAGCAAGUUGCUAUGGACAAACUUGUUGAGUUGGCUUAUAAGAAAAAGCUGGCCACCCGUGGGACUAGUGCUGCAAGAUAUGGACUUUCAAAGGUCUCAAGGCCAGUUGCUCUGGCUUUUAUGAAGAGGACUCUUGCUAGAUGCCGCAAAUUUGAGGGAACAGGGAAAAGUUGCUUUUUGGAGCCUCUCUUUAAGGACGUCCUAUUUGCUGCUCCUGCUCAUGACAACACUGGUUCAGCUGUUGCUGCAAAUCUCUCACUAACCCGUAAUUCUCAGCAAGAAUCUGCACCAUCAGGUUAUUUUCCUUGCAGGGAGCAUGAUGUGUUGGGAAAUUUAGACCAUCCCUCCGACCAGGAUUUUGCUAGGACUGGACCAAUACUAAACAGAGGGAAGAAAAAGGAACUGCUGCUUGAUGAUGUUGGUGCUAGUCCUUCGCUGAGAUCUGCAUCAACUCCUGGUAGUUCUUUAAUAGGUGGAGCAAAGGGAAAGAGGAGUGAACGAGACAGGGACAAAGACUCUUCUGGAAGAAAUUCUGUUUCAAAAGGUGGUCGUUCUUCUGCAAAGGGUGAGCGUAAAACAAAAGCAAAGUCCAAACCAAAAACAGCUCAACUAUCUAGUUCUGGAAAUGGAUCUCUAAGCAAGUUAAUGGUAAAUACUAACUCGGAGAAUCAAUUGGCUUGUGGCUCUAAUGAGUUUGUUUCCGGUGAUGGCAACAGAAAAAGUAAAGUUGGGUCUGUAUCUCAUAACUAUAAUGCUAAUGAUUUGUCCAUUGGAACUGAGGAACCCAUAGACAUCACAUUAGACUCCAUAGAACUAGGUGUAGGUAAUGAACUUGAUGGACCUCAAGAUCUGGAUUCUUGGUUGCUGAACAUUGAGGAAGAUGGUUUGCAAGAUGAUGCGUUUGGCCUAGACAUACCAAUGGAUGAUCUGUCUGGGUUGAAUAUGCUUUUAUGAAGACGAAUGCAAUAUAUAUAUGCUCUCAAUCCCAUGCAGGAUUUGGUAUUUAUGAACAGUGCUGUGUCGGUGGAAAGCUGCAUAUACAAUUCAUGCCUCUGAUGACUGGAACUUGUAAUUAUGCCCAUUCUUUUUGUAUACUUAUUAUCUACCAUACCAAAGAUAGAAACCCAAAGAAAGGGGUAAAGAAAAAGAAAAAUGUAGUCAAUUGUUCAUAUGAUCUAGAGCUCUUUAGGUUGUAACUACUACAUUCUUCAACAAAAUUUUGAUCAUUCUGCUGUGCAUUUUCUCAUUUGGACUUCUAAAUUACUUCAUUCUAAUUCCAAUGUCAGAACCUGACAGCUUUAAGCUAAAAUUUUCGUA